GUUUACAUACAAGAAGUCUCCCUUCUCCUUCUCCUUCUCCUUCUCCUUUGCUUUGGAAAAUGGAGCAUUGCUGUCUGUAGUAUACCCUAACCUACUCUUAAAGAAUCCCAGAUUUCCCCCUUUCCACCUACCAAGAACAAAGGAAAAUCUCUUGUCUUUCGAUUUUCUUGACCUCUUCCCCAAUCGAAAACAAGAAAAGCUAGGGUUUUGAUCUUCUUCAGAUGGACCCGAUAGCCAUUGACAAGAUAAUCGAACGCCUAACUGAAGUUCGAUCGACUAAAUCUAGGAAGUUGGUUCAGCUUUCAGAGGCUGAAAUCAAGCAACUCUGUUCCGCGUCACGCGAAAUCUUUAUCAAUCAGCCUAAUCUUCUUGAACUCGAAGCCCCUAUCAAGAUCUGCGGCGACAUUCAUGGACAAUACAGUGACCUUUUAAGGCUUUUUGAAUAUGGAGGAUUUCCUCCUCAAGCAAAUUAUCUUUUUCUGGGGGAUUAUGUGGAUCGUGGCAAGCAGAGUUUGGAAACAAUAUGUCUCAUGCUUGCUUAUAAAAUCAGGUAUCCUGAGAACUUUUUCCUUCUGCGAGGAAACCAUGAAUGUGCUUCCAUAAAUAGGAUAUAUGGGUUUUAUGAUGAAUGCAAGCGCCGAUUCAAUGUGAAGCUAUGGAAAGUCUUUACGGAUUGUUUUAAUUGUCUACCUGUUGCGGCUCUUGUUGAUGACAAGAUAUUGUGCAUGCAUGGGGGCCUCUCCCCUGAUCUUACCGACUUGGAUCAAAUUAGAAACUUGCCACGUCCAACUGCUAUCCCUGAUACGGGGUUACUUUGUGAUUUACUAUGGUCAGAUCCUAGCAAAGAUGUUAAAGGAUGGGGUAUGAAUGAUCGAGGUGUUUCUUAUACCUUUGGUGCUGAUAAGGUUUCCGAGUUUUUAACAAAGCAUGAUCUGGACCUUGUCUGUCGUGCUCACCAGGUUGUGGAAGAUGGUUAUGAAUUCUUUGCUGACAGGCAACUCGUAACUAUAUUCUCGGCCCCUAAUUACUGUGGUGAAUUUGAUAAUGCUGGUGCUAUGAUGAGCGUGAACGAAAAUCUGUUGUGUUCAUUCCAAAUCCUGAAGCCAGUUGAGAAGAAAAACAAGUUUAUGAUGUCCACGAAAAUGUGAUUGGUGCAUGAUUUUGGGUGCCUAGUUUCCAAAGGAAGGAUAAGUAGGUCUUGGAGGUUUCUUCUUUUGAACUGCAGCUGUGCAUAUUGGAAGACAAUCUGAGUGGAAGAACAUGGACUUUGAAAAGAGCAUAUUUCUCUUUUCCUUGUUAUUAACUAGUAGUAUUUUUUGUACAUAUUUAGUUUGGUAAAUUUAGUACUCCAAGAAAUCUUGUUUUUCUGCCCGGACGGACAAUACGGGUGCUGAACGUUUGAACUUUAAACUCAGGAAAUAGGUGGGUCUUAAUCAUGAUGUUACAUUUUAUUGGGAUGUCAAUAGGCAGGGUUUUUGCAUCAA